AUGGCGGAGGAGAAACCCGGACUCGGUGCCAGGCUGGCCAAAACGUGCCUGGGCAUCGACAUCUACGAGCGGAGCCCCCAUGAGCCCCUGGACCUCGGCGCCCGUGCGGCGCAGGGCAUCCAGCCGGCCCAGGCGUACUUCGAGGACGAGCCGACGGUCAAGGAGUGGCUGCUGGACCACCGGCCCACCAUCCCCGGCACCGUCAGAUACGUCCGCAGCCUGUUCCCCUUCACGACGUGGAUCUACCGCUACAACCUGACCUGGCUGCUGGGCGACGUCAUCGGCGGCAUCACGCUCGGCUUCGUCGUCGUGCCCCAGGCCAUGGCCUACGCCCUGCUCGCGCAGCUGAGCCCGCAGUACGGCCUGUACACGUCCUUCACGGGCGCCGUGCUCUACUGGCUCUUCGGCACGGCCAAGGACAUCGCCAUCGGCGCCACGGCCGUCGUCUCCCUGCUCGUCGGCCGCAUCCUGUCGCGCGUCGGGCCCGAGCACCCGGACAUCCCGCUCGACCAGAUCGCCAAGACCAUCUCGGUCAUGUCCGGGCUCAUCCUGCUCGCGUUCGGCCUGCUGCGCCUCGACUGGAUCAUCGAGUUCAUCCCGCACGUCGCCAUCGCGGCCUUCGUCACGGGGGCGUCCAUCACCAUCACGCUGAGCCAGGCGCCGACCAUGCUGGGCAUCAAGGGCGUCGACACGCGCCAGCCGGCCUACCUCGUGUGCAUCGACACGCUCAAGGCGCUGCCGCGCUGCACCGUCGACGCCGCCGUCGGACUCACAGCGCUGUUCCUGCUGCAUCUCAUCAAGUGGUACUGCGGCCGCAUGGCCGUGCGCCAGAAGCACCGCCAGCGCCUCUGGGACACGCUGUCGUCGAUCCGCAUGACCUUUGUCAUCCUGCUCUACACCCUCAUCAGCUGGCUCGUCAACCGCGGCCUGGCCCUCGACCAGGUCAAGUUCCGCAUCCUGGGCCCCGUGCCGACGGGCUUCCAGGCCGCCGGCCCGCCCAGCUUCGACCCCAACCUCAUCAAGGCCAUCAUGCCGGACCUGCCGGCCGUGCUCAUCAUUCUGAUCAUCGAGCACAUCGCCAUCGGCAAGUCCUUCGCGCGCAUCAACAACUACGUCGUCGUGCCCUCGCAGGAGAUCAUCUCCAUCGGCGCGACCAACUUCCUCGGCCCCUUCCUGGGCGCCUACCCCUCGACGGGCUCCUUCACGGGCACGGCGGUGCUGUCCAAGGCCGGCGUGCGCACGCCAUUCGCGGGCGUCUACAACGCGCUGAUCCUGCUGCUCGCGCUCUACGCCCUGACCUCGGUCUUCUACUACAUCCCCAUGGCCUCGCUGUCGGGCCUCAUCAUCCACGCCGUCAGCAACCUCAUCACGCGGCCGGCGACCCUGCACCACUACUGGAUGGUCUCGCCGUUCGAGGUCUUUGUCUUCUUCGUCGGCGUCGUCGUGUCCGUCUUCGAGUCGCUCGAGACGGGCAUCUACUGCACCGUCGCCAUCUCCAUCGCCCUGCUGCUGCUGCGCCUGGCCCGCACGCGCGGCCGCUUCAUGGGCCGCGUGCGCGUGCGCCGCCACGGCAACAAGGCGGCCGACGACGACGACGAGCCUGACGCCGACAGCGACAGCGUGGAAGGGAAGACGGCCAGUUGUUCGUCCGAAACCCACCACCACCACCAGCAUCACCACCACAAUCAUCAGCACGACGAGGACUCCGUCUCGGCGACGCGCAGCGUCUUCCUCCCGCUCGACCGCCAGGACGGGUCCAACCCGGACAUCGAGGUCGAGGCGCCGUACCCGGGCGUGUUCGUCUACCGCUUCUCCGAGGGCUACAACUACCUCAACCAGGCGCAGCACAUCGAGACGCUGACGUCGCACAUCCGCGCCAGCACCAAGCAGGCCGUGGCCAACCAGUACGAGCGGCCCGGCGACCGGCCGUGGAACGACCCGGCCCCGCCCAAGGGCCACGCCGAGCGCGUGGCGACGCUGCCGCUGCUGCGGGCCGUCGUGCUCGACUGCUCGGCCGUCAACAACAUCGACAUGACGGCCUGGGAGGGCCUGUGCGACAUGCGCGCGCAGCUCGACCGGUGGGCCAGCCCGGAGCCCGUCGAGUGGCACUUUGCGGCCGUCAACAACACGUGGACGCGCCGGGCGCUGGCGGCCGGCGGGUUCGGGUUCCCGAGCGCGCGGCACGCCGACGAGUGGGCGCGGUGGCGGCCGACGUGCAGCGUGGCGGAGCUCGUGGAGAGGAGGAGCGGGCACCCCGGCGGAGCCGCGCAGCGCGACGAGGAGUCGGCCGUGGAAGGGGAGGAGCGGCGGCCGGAGACGCGCGAGGGUCCCAGCGCCGUCACGAGCGGGACGCUGACGCCGGCCAUGGAGGGCUGCGGGCCGCGGCCGGACCCGGACGCCAAGGUCGUCGUCGGCGCGGCGGUGGUCGUGGGCGCGGCCAAGCUGCGCAAGGGCAGCACGACGACGGGCAGCGGCGAGGUGCCGCUCGAGAAGAUGGGCGCCGUGCAGGGCGUCGACCGGCCCUUCUUCCACAUCGACCUCGCGUCGGCGGUCGAGUCGGCCGUCAGCGGGGCGGUGCGGCGGGACCGGAGGAGGGCGAUGGCCGCCCGCGCGGGCCCUGCGGCGGUGGGCUCCGGGUCGGAUACGGAGCACGAGGGCCGGGAGGAGGUGGAGGAGGCGGAGACGCUGACGAUCGAGGAGCAGGUCGUCGAGAGGGCGAGGGAUUAA